AUGUCGUUCUACCUCCCCGCUCUGAGGAGGCCCUUGCUGAGCAUGCUCCCGAGAUCUCUCUCGAUCCCGGGCCGCUCCUUGCUUCCGCGCUCGUUCCAGACACAGGUUCCAACGGUGACAACGACGUCCGCUGACUUUGCGUUUGCGUUUGAUAUUGAUGGCGUCCUCAUGCACGACACCACACCAACGCCCACCGCCACCGAGGCACUGACACUGCUGCAAACCUCUUCAGUCCCGUUUAUCCUCCUCACCAAUGGCGGUGGCCACACUGAAGAGGCCCGUGUUAACCACCUCUCUCACCAUUUGAAACACAACAUCCACAAGUCGCAGCUGGUCCAAUCACACACCCCGCUCUCCCCUCUCUCCGCUGACGAGAACCUCAACACCGUUCUUGUCGUUGGCGGCGAGUCUGACAACUGCCGUAAAGUUGCCCACGGGUAUGGCUUCAAAAACGUCAUAGUUCCUGCAGAUGUCUUGGCAGCCUACCCGGCCGUGUCGCCGUUCACAAUCGACAAGAACCCACCGCACGCCCACCCGCUGCCGGAGAAUGUCAAGGUGGACGCUGUGAUGGUUUUUAACGACCCGCGCGACUGGGCACUGGAUAUCCAGCUGCUGAUCGACGUUGUGAUGUCGGACAAGGGGCGGCUGGGGACGAAGCGUCGAGCGGACGAUGAUUCGCCGCAUGUGCCCUUGUACUUCUCGAACCCGGACUUGCUGUGGGCGAAUAAAUAUCAUUUGCCACGGCUGGGUCAGGGAGGGUUCAGAGAGGCAUUUGUGGGCGUGUUUAGAGCGGUGCGAAAGGCGACGGGCUCAAGGGUCCGGUUGACGUAUGAGAUAAUUGGAAAGCCCCACGAGAAGACAUACAAGUACGCCGAGGACGUACUCUGGAAAUGGAGGCAGGCACAGGGGGUCACAGAGGGUGUGAGGACUGUAUAUAUGGUCGGCGAUAACCCAGCGAGUGACAUUGAGGGCGCAAAUAGAUUCAAGAGCGAUAGAGGUGUAGAGUGGGUCAGUGUGCUCGUCAAGACAGGCGUGUGGAGAGAGGGCGACAACACCAAUGGCGCAAAAUCAGUGGUGGAGAAUGUCCUCGAGGCGGUAAAGUGGGCGGUUGAGAGGGAGAAGAAGAAGGCUGGGCAGAUGUAG